ACUUCAAUAAUAAAUCGUGAGCAAGCCUCCCCAGACUCCUUGUCUAGACAUUCAGCGGAUUGUACUGCAGCCAUGGCUGCUUUCCUCGCCUCCCAGACCACCACCGCCAUAGCUUGCCGUUUCUCCCUCCGCCACGGCCGUUUGCUGCCAGUCCGACACUCCCAGGCGCGCCUCUCCUUGCCAGCACGCGUACUCACAGCGAGAUGCGCUGCUGCUGCUAGCAGCAGCUCUUCCGCUGAUUCUUCCGGGCAGCAGCAGCAGCUGUUCGCGGUGGUUUACGAGUACGUGCCCGACAUUGUUACCCUUCGCGAACCAUUUCGCGAGGAGCACGUGCAGCUGUGCAGGUCUCUGGCGGUGGAUGGGAAAAUGGUCGCAGGUGCUGCGACGGGCAACCCGCCUACCGGCGCGCUGCUAAUCGUGCGUGCGAACAAUCGCGAAGAAGUCAUUCGCGAUCUGAUCGAGGCGGAUCCGUACGUUACCGAGGGCUUGGUUGUGCGACAUUCCGUGGAGCCGUGGACGCCAGCAGUGGGAACAAUGGCGGAAGCCCUCCGAAACGGUCUUUAAGUGUGGAUUCUCUAUCAUUCUAUGAGGCCUGGUGUUGACUCUUAAUUUCUUCUUAACAACGAUAGCCAACGAACUGUGGACGCCAGCGGUGGGAACAAUGGCGGAGAGCCUUCGGAACGGUCUAUAGGAUCGGGAGAAUGGUCUGGUGAUAAGGCUUCAACAGGGCUCCGUGAAGCUGACAAAGCUUCAGCGGAUGAGGCGGGGCUCAUUAUACUUUUGCAGGCAACGGAGGCCUCUGAGGCUGAGCAACUUGUUCUGUUCCUGCAACACUGGCCUGGGAGGAGAGGGUAGGAUGAGGAGUAGAGGAGAGAAUUGGAGGUGACUUUUGAGUCGACUCAAAAGCCACAGCAUCUGCAAAACUGGCCUGGGGUAACGUGUUGGUUGGGAUGACGUUUAGAGGAGAGGCGAAGGUGGAAGAGUGGACAGGCGAAGAGUGGUCGUUGGUUCCAUUCCGCCCCUAGCUUGGACGGCAAUGGCUGUGCCUUAGGCUGGAAUGAGAGGACGCUGCUUGCCAAACUUGCUUGUUAGUUGUCACGAAGCGAGAAAGAUGAGGUACUGUACACUAAACGUU